AUGGCGCCAGCGAUCUUGACUGACAUUCAGCCUCUCCGGGGAUCGAUCAAGCCCUCCGGAGCGUUGGACGCAUUCUCAUACGACGAUACAACUCCCGCCAUUGGUCGAGAGUACAUUGAUAUCAACAUUGCGGAUGACAUUCUAAACGCUACAGAUGUAAAGGCUCAUGAACGCCUUCGAGAAUUGGCCUAUAUCAUUUCCGCCCGAGGUGUUGUUUUCUUUCGCAAACAAGACAAUUUGACCAACGAUCUGCAAAAGACGUUCGUGCAGCGAUUGGGUGAAGCUGUCGGAAAGCCGAAAGAAUCUUCUCUCCACGUCCAUCCAGUCCUGAACGACACAUUGGAGCUAGGUGUUGGUGAUCCGCAAAUCUCACACAUUAGCUCCGUGCAGCGAAGCGAGUUUCUCAAGCACGUGGCUGACGAAUCCGACAAGCUCAAGUAUCGUGCCGCAGAAUGGCACUCAGAUGUUCAAUUCGAGCGGUUUCCUCCAGACUACACCUCUUUGAGAGUGACCAAGUUGCCGAGCAAUGGUGGUGACACUGUUUGGGCAUCUGGAUACGAGAUCUAUGAUCGCUUUUCUCCAGCAUAUCAAAAGUUUUUCGAGCAACUGACGGCGACAUUCAGCGGGGAAGGCUACCGGAAAAUGGCGGAAGCUGACCCAGAAACGGUCAAACUUCGUCAGGACGCACGUGGACAUCCACUAAACACCGGACUGACUUCUAUUCAUCCGGUUGUGAGGACCAACCCGGUCACGGGAUGGAAGAGUAUCUUUGCCAUCGGACCAUUUCCCACUCGAAUCAAUGAACUGUCAUCGCAGGAAUCGCAAGAGCUGUUGGCAAAGUUCAUGAGAAUGAUCACCGAGAACCACGAUUUGACUGUGCGCUUCAAGUGGAGGAAUCCUAAUGAUAUCGCUGUAUGGGACAACAGGUGCACCUUUCACACACCGACCUUUGACUAUGAGGGUCUGGGAGAGCGAUAUGGAAACCGGGCUGUGGGCGUCGGAGAGGAGCCGUACUUCGAUGUUCACAGCAAGUCGAGGUCUGAGGACCUUGGUCGGCACGUCUGA